GGGCCAUGCAAGUCAUUUUUCAGUUUCUUUUUUGCACCCGCGGAGCAGCAUGCGAAGGGCCAUCAGCACGAGGCUGGGUAACAAAAAGAGCACAUACUGCUGAGCUGAGUGCUUGAUAGUGUUUUGCUUCAAUUUUUGCCCGUCUUGUUGUUCUGACUUUCCCAAUAGCCUUCUUCCAGAAAUUUUGCUCAAACGCUUCCGCCAGCCGUUGAAAGAAACCUCGCUUCUGAUGGCGCCGAACGAUACAUCAGCGGCGGAGUGCGACGCAUUCUUCGGAUGUGGCUACUGCGCUGAGGCCUAUUCUGACCAGAGUCAGCUCUCUGUGCACAUCAGUAUGCAGCAUGAGGGCAAGAAGUUCAUCAGUGUUCCAGCGCCUUUGCCUUCCAGAGAGCAAGAGCUUCUGCACAAGCCAUCGACCUCGGCCAUCUCAAAGAACAUCCCUCUGUCAGAGGUGAACCGUCACUGUACGCCCGAGAGCUGCUGGGUAGCUUUGAAUGGAAAGGUCUAUGACCUCUCAGAGUUCAUGGAUCGCCAUCCGGGCGGCCCUACAACCAUCUUGGCGUGGGCUGGCAAGGAUGCCUCCAAGUUUUUCAAUGAGAUCCACAAGGGUGUAAAGAUCGAUUCUUAUUUGCGCCCUGAGUCGUACCUGGGUAACUUGGGUGUGGAUGGCGACCUCAUGUCUGACGAGUUCUGGCACACCCUUCGAGAGGUUCGCAUUGCGGAGAUCCGAGAAGAGAUUGACCGCGUCCUAAGCCAGACCGCAACUACCCACAAAGCCGACAGUGUAAUGCGACUUUUGCAAGAUAAGAACUUGGAUCCCAACCUCAAGCUGCAGCUUCAACGUUUGGAGACUCAGAAGCGAGCAGCGCUGGACUCUGAGGAUUACACAAAGGCAUUGGAUGUCAAGAGGGACAUUGAGAAGAUUCUGUCCGACCAGGCCCAUGCUCAUAUGCAUGACGUGCCGCUGGAGAGCUCAUACACCAGCGGUGGCAUUCCAUUGUCAGAGGUGGCUCGUCACAACAAGCCUCAUGAUUGCUGGAUUGCGAUCAACAAGAAUGUCUAUGACCUCACGGAUUUCCUGAUCCAUCAUCCCGAACAGCGCAAUUCCAUCCUCGCUUGGGCUGGCAGAGAUGCGACUGCGAUGUGGGACAAGAUCCCUGGACGUUUCCCUAGCAAGCAGUGGAUGGAUUUCUUCAUGCGAAGCGAAUGGAAGAUGGGCGAUGUCGGUGCUGAGCCAAAAAGGGACGCUGUCUACGAGCAACUGAAGCAGCUGCAUGAUGAGUUGCGCAGGCUUGAGGGCCCCUCCAAGGAGGACAUUGAAGCAGCAAAGACAGCAGUGAAGGUCCCAGGUAAGACAGAUGCACCAACCCUCUCUGAGGAGGCUCGCUUUCCAAAGCUUGCAGAAAUCUCAGCUGGGAAGGAGCUUCCUUUCUUCACUCGUGCAGAAGUUGCGAAGCACACCACCGCAGAUGAGCCGUACAUGAUCAUCCACAACCGUGUCUACAACUUGAAGCCUUUGAUCGGAAGCCAUCCAGGAGGUGACGACAUUUUGUUGAACAAAGCUGGUACAGAUGCAACCAAGGACUUUGAGGUCUUCGAGCAUUCGGAGAAGGCUCGGGUGCAGCGUGACCGGGACAUGUUGGUUGGUCAAUUGGUGCCAGGAGAGAACACCGACUGGUCAGCGGAGGCCACAGUUGCUCAGGUGGUUGGCGAGGAGACAUCUGAGGUGGGCCGAUACAUGAAGUACAAGGCCACAGAUAUUGCGGUCGGGGCUGUAGCAUGGUAUCUCUACAAGACCUUGCAAAACACCAAGCCUUUGUCACAGUUCACCUACAGCCGAGCAUUGCGACACUUGCAUCUCAUCAUGGCCGUGGGAAUCUUUGGAGCAGUUGGAACAGCUCAGGCCGCCUCCUACUCAGAAGGGCAGACCAGGAAACAGAUGCUGUGGUGGCACAAGCAGACCGGCCUGGCGAUGCUCUUUGCCCUUGUUGUGCGCUUCUUCCUUCGUAUGCAGAGCGGCAUUCCUCCCCGCUUCCCAGGAAAUCCCAUGGUCCAAAUGCUGGAGACACAGAGCCUUCGUGCCUUCUAUGUCCUUGCUCUCUUGUUGCCUGUGUCCGGCAUUGCCAACGAAUACUUCUUGAAGUGGGCUCCGGGCUCUGACAAGACUGGAAAUGCGGAAGAUGACAAGAGGAAUGACAGGCUGGCGAAGCAGUCCAUUGACGCCCACAAGUUGCUGGGCAAGUUCUUGCAAUUCGCUUGGCUUCCCUUCCACCUUGGCUACACCACCUUCUACCAUUGGACUCAGGGUCGAGGUGUGGUCAAGAAGGUCUCGCCAUUCAUUUGAGGUCAUUCACCGUAUCCAUAGCAUCACCUUGUAACUCCAAGGUGGUCAGUUUCAUUGCAUCUCUUGAAUCAAAGCCGUCAAAGCCAAGUUUUUAUCAAUCUCGGCAUCGGCAUCCAAGGGUUGCUGCUUUCGUAGCUUUUUGUGUAGGUUGCUGAAUCUUCCAGAGCAAUCUCGGGGGUGCCAAUGCAGUUGAACUGCUGCUAGCUGCUAGCAUAUUUCUCUAAAGUAACACUUGCUUGAAUGUCAUAAGGCUCAGGCAUGCGGCAUACCCUGACACAGUUUUGGCCGAGGGCAGCACGCAUUCUGUGAAUGGCAGCUGCGACGGCAUCAGGAAUAACCCACCUGCCUCGCAAUUUGUUGCAGUUGAAA